AUCAGUUGAUCAUUGAUGAGGAAAGCCCAGGUGGGAAGACACUUGUAACAUCCGCACCGCCCACCUCGAUAUCUCAGUCUCUGUCGACCAUGGUCAGUUUAUUGACAUCUGCACCGCUGGCAAUGACACCAUCAGCUGCCCCCGUAUCUUCGGUAGUUGUCAGCAACAGUGCAGCAUCCGGCACAUCUGGUAAUGGAUCUAUCACUGGUGGCAAAAUAAAUGCUGCUACAUGGAGCUCAGGAAUGGAUAUACCCGACAGAGCUGAAGAAUAUCCUACAUCCCACCAGGUGUCGCUGACCGCAGGUGUGCCACCGUCAGGAUUGUCUGUUGUGAACUCUGUGAUGGCGCCACAAGGUGUUGCUGCAGUGUCUCCUAUAGUGAGCUCUGGCAUCACCACCCUUGGACAAAUCUCUGUGUCCAACUUGGCAACAUCAGGGGCCGGAUAUCUUAUACCAUCCUCAGUGCCACCGGGAACAUUAACUGGUCUCGUUGUUGGGUCACCUCUGAUGUCAUCAUCUAGUGUCACUGUUCUGGGGUCAUCCACGAUACCACCUGCAAGAAUGACCUCUGGGAUAGUAGAGAGCUCGUCUACAUUUUCCUCCAAGAUGGUGGACGGAGCGAUGCACUACCAGUGUGGUCUUUGUGAUCUUAACUUCACCAACAUGAUACAGCUCAAGGUAAGUGGACCCCUUUUUAACCCUUGUAGUAAAGCAAGGUUCUCAAAUUUAUAAACACAGGGCCAGGUCACUGUCCCUCUGACAAUGUUUUGGACCGAACUAUAUUUUAAAAAAAAAUUGGAAAUAAUUCCAAUGAAAGUAUGGACCUCAUUUUGUCUAAUGAAAUGCUCAACAGUCUGGUUCUGUUUUUGUCAUUGCUAACCAGGAAUCCUUACGGUGGCCAGGAGGGCCAGAUGUUGUCCUCCGUCCAAAGUUUUGGGACCCCGUAUUCAAGUUUAACCCCAUGGAUAACCAAGCCCUGAAACACAGCGACUGUUAAAUCAGGGUUUAAGAGACUUAAGCCUCAUGGGUAUAGAAAUUGGGUGGAAGUGAAGCUAUACUGAAAGCAAAACAGUGCACCAAACCUGCAUUACUGUAACAAGAAUUUUGUGUAUCUGUUGAACUUGUUAAACAUUGAAACUUUGUUUUAAUAUUGGCGUGGGUUUAAAGUGGGGUUAAGUGGGUUGUCAGGCGUCAGAGGUUGGGGUGAGGAAAGUGGGUUUUCAACUACUGGAUCAGGUUGAGACACUGUUCAUUCCUACAUCCUCAGAGUCACCUGGUGAGCCACACGGAGCUCAGGCCUUACGUGUGUCAGUUCUGUGAUGCAGGCUUCACCAACUCCCAGUCUUUGAGGACCCACCUGCUCACACAUGGCCAGGUGAGUGUAACCACAAUAACCUAUGACCUAAGACAGCCAUUGAUCGUGAAAGGCAAGGAAGUGUUACGGUUUCAGGUGGAAUAUAAACAAUAAAUUAAAUAUAAUGCUAUUUUUAGUGGAACGUUAUCAUGGAAUAUGCAUACAAUAUAACUGAGUUUCUCAGGAUCUGCUGGCCAUCUUUAAACUUGUUGCAUAACACUUGGAUUGAGAAAUACCAUUUUUUGUGUGGGAGCAACACAAAAUUUUGAUUGGUGGGAAAUAUUACCUUGAAUAUAUGAAUAUGUUGGGACACAAGUAGUGGAUUCAUUAAAUGAGAAACCAUUUCAAUAUCUUGUUGGCUGAGAUUCACAGGUUACAAAAAUAAAGGGGAGAAAGUACUCAUCCAAAUGAGUGAGGAUUAAAACAACACAAAAGGCCCACAGCUUAAACAAUUCUAUAUUAUAGAAAAUUGUAAAAGAACAUGCUAGAGUGGAAGCCAACGUUACUUUAUAGUUGCAAGUUAUUUUAGAAAUGUUUCAACCAGUAAAAUUGAUUGUUCAAAUGAUAACAGGUUUAUUAUUUAAUUAAGGUGUGUUCUGACCAGAGAAUAAUUUGUUCAAAGGAUAACCAGUUCAACAUAUUUUUCUUCUUCCCAGGACCGCCCCUAUAUUUGUGGUAAUUGUGGUGACACGUUCGCCCAGCAGGCAGACCUUCAGGUCCACUACUCUAGUCAUUCGUCCACCUCCAUACGCCAGCAUCAGAACGUCCAGUCAGACGUCAAGAUACAAACCACGAUCCAGUCCCUCACGGCCCAAUACGGAGUCCCCAGGCAGGACCGCAGUUCCCCAAUCAACCAGAGCUUUGUUUCCGAUACUGGCAAACGUCUAAACACGACUGGGAUCAACAAUCCGGCGAGGCUGGAGUUGAACACUUCACCUGGCCCCGUCUCGAACAGCCCAUCUCCUGUCAGCAUUGUCUCAUAUUCAGGUCCUGCCACCGCAUCAGCAUGCAGCAAUCUUCCCACGCAACAGGAAUCUUCCUUGGGCCUGAAGACACAGCCUCUUAGGCCCUCCUUGCCAGAUCGACAGUUGGUGUACAGUCCGAAAUUGGAAAUCACUGAAAGGAAUGAAGGCACCAGUAUAGUUGGUCAGCCAAAAGAAGAUUCUCUAAAGCAAGGGUCAGAUUUGCCAGAAGAGCUGGUGGCCAAGUUGGAAAACAUGUGUGCCUCGCCCGCCAGUAGUGGUCAGUUAAGGGUGGAUCUCACGGAUCAGAGUUUCAGUGAGGAUGAGCUCACUGCCAGUGAUAAUGGCAAAGGUCAGGCUGUUUACUCCCAGCAGUGGAGUCAGCAGCAGCAUCCAGGCUGUCUCCAGCAGCCACAACUGUCGUCACCAUCAGGGUACCACAUGCAGCAUUGCUAUCACCCUGCUCAGCAGCAGCAGCUGUACAUUCAACAGUUGCAGAGCCCACUGCAGCAGCAGCAACUCUACCCUCAGGAGCAUCAACCACACCAUCAGCAGCCAUUUCUGCAACAUCAACAUUUCCAAAUGUCUCCAGGCCCCCAGCAACAAAAUACCAAUAACAACAACAUUGGUAAUGAUGAACAAAGCUGUGAAAAUGAGUCCAUUAGCUCAUCCAUGUUAAGCGGAUCAUUAUCCAAUAUUGGUGCAUACUCAUCAAUCAUGGACGCUCAUCAUUGUCCACCUAAUUGGGAUCAAAAUCUAACCAAUGUCAGCCAUUCAAAUCUGAUCCAAGCUGGUACAGUUCAGGAUUACCAAAGCCAUGUGAGGAUAGAAGACACGCCACUCCAAGGGGGCUCAUACAGCAGCGAGCUGGCAGCUCACGAUGGCCCUUAUCAUGGGGAGGACAACUCUGGAGAUAGACAUGAAAGUAUGGAAUGCCAGGGUUCCUAUAGAAGCCGGAACAAUUUGGGCGGAUCAGAAGCGGAGCAGGGGCAGCAGCACAAUGAAGGGGCAUCAGACCCUCAUCUGUUGCCCCAAACUUACUAUGGGCUUUCUUGAUUGUUGGUCUACAAUGUGUUUAUGAUAACAAGUUACUAUGUCAUCAGGCCAUAUGUCAGGAUUAGGGCAUAGGUCAAGAUAAAGGCAUAUGUCAGGAUUAGGGCAUAGGUCAAGAUUAGGGCAUAUGUCAGAAUUAGGGCAUAGGUCAAGAUUAGGGCAUAUGUCAGGAUUAGGGCAUAGGUCAAGAUUAGGGCAUAUGUCAGGAUUAGGGCAUAGGUCAAGAUUAGGGCAUAUGUCAGGAUUAGGGCAUAUGUCAGGAUUAGGCCUGUGUCCAGAGAGGCAUAACUGGAGUUGGUUGUGCCUCAAGACACUGUGACUUGGACACUUUGGCAGAAGCAGGGAUUGCUGCCCAUACCAGAUAAAAUUAUCCAAGUCUAUGACUUUGAAACUUUG